CGUUCCUGGCCAAUCGCGUGCGGAGGUAUCCUUCAAACGGAUCCAGGCUAUAGAACGCGGUGUCCCGGGCGACCAGCUACCAUCUCUGAUGGUUGUCGAAAGGAAUGAUGUAUGCCUCAAAUUGAAAGUGAGAAGAGCUGUUGAAGAAGACAACGAUGAUAUAGUGCCAAUAAUAGACCGACAAUCUGAAAAACUUCGUCAGCUGUACGGCGAUUACUACGUGAGCGAGCUGAUCUCCAGACAUCCUGACUCAGAGCGGGUGUUGCUCGUAUGUGAGCAUAAAGAAGUGGCAGUCGGCGUGAUGUGUCUCAAUACCCAGAUCAAUUACGAAGAACUGGAGGAGAGUUUUGAUCUCACGCCAUUCGCUGGUUUGAAGCGGUUGGAGAAGAUAACACCACCGACUCCAGUUGGACUUGAGGAGUCGAGCAGUAGCAUAUUAUUGGAUGAUAAAACCGAGGAACCUGAAAAGGAACACUCUCAAAUAAGCGUUUCUAAGAGCAUCAAAUCCAGGGUCACGUGGGGUUUUGAGAAAGAAGAAUUUCAAAAAGUUACUGAAAAACAGCCAAAGACGCCACAAUCGAAGUAUUCUUUUGAUGUUCUGAACCUACUAGACGAUGAGGUUGAUGAGUUUGAUUACGAGAUUGUCAAUAUUCCUCCGGAAUUGAUGGUAGUGCCUAAAUUCUUACUGGGAUGUCAAGAGGAAGAACAAAAAAAAGCUAAAAGAAAGGAAUCCUUUUACGAUAACAAGUAUUUGGAUAAGGAUAUUGGAAAGAGAAGUUCAUUAUUUCCCGUCAUAACUGAGCCUGCGAAACCACCACAACCAGCUUGUUAUAUCGGGCAACCAAAUGCUUUUAUCCUUGAGCUAUUUGCCAUGCACCAAGAUUACGAUGAGAGUUGGUAUCACCAUACAGUUUCCGAAUGCGAUUCAUCAAUGAAACUCUUUUUGUGGCUCACAUAA